CGUCAUGUUGUCAGCUGAAAGAUAAAUUUCGAUAGGUUAUGUUGUAAUUAGGCCUUAGGCCCAUCCUUUUACGUAAAUAUCGUAUUUAAACGAUUGUUAAAUUACAUAUGCUUUUCCAAAGUGGAUAAAAAAUAAGAAACAAUGACGGACUAUACCCAGCCACCGCCUCCCGACCCUAGAUUAGUCAGGUUUUACGAAAAAAAUGAUUAUGAAUCGCUCGCCAAAUAUCUUAUUGGUAAUAAUUACCGAUAUCGCGAAAACAUUCUUAUACCGCGGUUUCUUGGUCCACCAGAAAUUAAAACUAACGAAGAAAAAAUGAUCGAAGCUGCUGUAGAGAGCUGUCCGUUUAAAUCACUCACAAGUUGUAUUGUUGGUUACGGUUUGGGGGCUGCCGUCGGUCUCUUCACCUCCUCACUCAUGCCAAACGUCACAGACACAACAGCACCACAAACUCAAACAGCCAGACAAAUAUUAACCGAAUUCAAAACUGCAAUGUUAAGUAAUGCAAAGACUUUUGCAAUACUUGGAGCUGUGUUUUCUGGAGUCGAGUGCUGCGUAGAAACAGCAAGAGGGAAAUCUGACUGGAGAAAUGGGACUUACGCUGGAGGUGUUACUGGUGGACUUAUUGGAUUGAGAGGUGGCCUAAGAGCAGGCGUUUUGGGUGCAGCCGGUUUCGCGGCAUUCUCUACAGUUAUCGAUUACUACAUGCACUCUCGAGGCUCCUGAAUUAUUCACAAAUUAUAG